GUCUUAAGUGAAAAGGAAAACAUCAACUGCGGAGAGACGGUAACUGCUUAACAGAGGAACGACUUUGGCUUCCCAACCAUGUGCAAAGGAUUAGCAGCCUUACCCCAGACAUGCCUGGAGAGGGCUAAAGAGAUCAAGAUCAAACUAGGAACACUCCUGCAAAAACCUGAACAUGCCAUCGACCUUAUCAUUCCCUAUCCAGAAAAGCCAGAGAAAAAGCCUGAGAAACUUCAGAAACCUUCUGUGGAUGAAGCACUGCAGUGGCGGGAAUCAUUUGACAAGCUACUGGCAAACAACUAUGGCCUGAAUGCUUUCCGAAGCUUCCUGAUGUCCGAGUUCAGUGAGGAGAAUAUUGAGUUUUGGAUGGCCUGUGAAGAAUACAAGAAAAUCAAGUCUCCAAUAAAAAUGGAAACCAAAGCUAAGAAAAUCUAUGAGGAAUUUAUUCAGACUGAAGCUCCAAAAGAGGUGAACAUCGAUCAUUUUACCAAAGAUGUUACAAUCCAGAACCUCGUUGAACCCACUCCUACCACCUUUGAUUUGGCUCAGAAGAGAAUUUUUGCCCUGAUGGAGAAAGAUUCCUUUGCCAGAUUCCUGCGUUCAGAGCUGUAUCAAGAGUUACUGAAGUAGCUAUGUGGCUGGGCUGUGCAAAAUGACAUCCGCUGACAUCGAGACUCCUGAGCAUUGAAAUCACUAUCGUCACCCUAAUACUGCUUGACUGGCAGACUACUUUAUCAUACUGUUUCACAACACAAGACAAGGAUUCUAUCUUCAGAACACCAUAGUAUCAUAAAAAAACAGCAGUGGCACAAAGUGUGAGCUUUGGAGAAAGAUGUAUAAUCCUCCAAAGUGCUACUUAUUAGAAAUGGUCCUCAAGUGGGAAUGUUCAUGCCCUUUCAUAAUCAAGGGAAAUUACCCUUUGCAGUCAGUGUCAUGGACAUCUGUGUGGCAGGGUGUAAGUGGACAAGACCUAAAUGCGAGUUAAGCUAUGCUGAUCAUUGGUAGAUAGCUUGCCACCAAAUUCUGGUCACAGGAUUAGCUGCCCACAUGCUUUAAAAACUUGUAACUCAUCUUCUCCCCGUGUCCUGCAUGAAUAAUCUAUUUUACAUAGAAAUCAAAUGAGAUUUACAUUUCCACCGCUUAAACUGAAUUAUUUUAAUGAAACCGUUAAACUGCAGCCAAUGGAAUUGUUUAAGUGAACUCUUGUUCUUUUACAAAAUUGUAUAUUUUUCCCAUGUCAUGCGGGACCAAUUUUAUAUCAGUCAUAACAAGACAGGAAUGAAUGAGAAUAAAAGCUGACUCGAGUUCUGCAGCAAGGCCAGAAGAGUGUGAUUCCUAUAGUGAGCCUUUGUUGGUGAGAGCCAAUCAGAAAACAGAAAUGCAGUUUAAUUGUUUGUUUUCGAAUACUGGGCCUACAAUGGACCAGUGGGCAGUUUCCUGCCUUGCGCCCAGGGCUGUCUGAGUGGGCUUCACCUAGUCUGUGACCUUGAUUUGGAUUAAGUGGGUUUGAGAAUGUUAUGUUAUGUAACUUUAAAAGAGCACCUAAAAUGGUGAGCACCUCCUUGAAGUGCCUCGUAGGAACAUGAAGCAGCAAAUGUGCACCUCAUGGUUACACAGUGUGGCAGUGGUGGGAUUUGAGUCUGCGACUUUAUGAUUUAGAGUAAGAAGCAUUAAAGAUAAGUAUUCUUGCCCUCAUUAUAUUUUCCUUGUUUGUGGAAUUAUAACUUAAACACAAAUUGGGCAAAAAGAUACUUUUUCUGAAGUGAGAUAUAAGUGAUGAGCAAGUGUAUAGGCCUGAGGCGACCAGGCCUUUUAGACAGCCACCUGUUUUAAUGGAGGCAUUGUAUUCAAAGGAGGCUCUAACACUUUGAAACCCAUUGUUUAUAGAUACGCUCACAAACGCACACAGUCCUUUUCUGGUCAAAGUCAGUUUAUUCCCACUUGUAAUGGACCAUCUCUAAUUUUGGCCUUGAUUCCAGUUUACUUCACUUUGAAGCUGAAACAGUCCAGAUGAGCUGCCUGCCAGUCGCUCUUUAUUUUGUCAUGUAUGGUGCAGCCUCUCUACUGUAUGCAUCUUCCUUCCUGAAUGACUUUGCGCAGCCCCAAUAAUAUAAUACACACACACACACUCAAACACAGACUUGCGCUUUAUCAUCCAGGUUUUGGGCCGCACCGGGCCCAUGCCCUUAGCACUUUGUACUUGUAAGUAUUGUUAAAGCUUUAUGUGUACUGAAAGUAAUCCACACUCCAUGUGUUCAGCUCUGCAACUCUGACCGAUUCAUCCAAUUCAUGCCAAUCUGACUUCACUUAAUUCAAUAAAAGCCUGCAAUGUAUGACCACCUAGUCAGUCACUUGGAACCUAUGGUUAUUCUAAUCAAUUCUCCUUUGUCAGUCUCUUAAAUAUUUGGUUGGUUCCUGUAUUAUUCUUUAUGCACAUUCAUAUUUUUAGCACUGGAUCUGCUUGUAUUUUUUUUUUUUUAUUUGUCGUCAAUAUAAGUCAGGAUCUGCAUUGGUCAGAGUAAAACAAUGCCUUUAAAUCUUCCCUUCUUAGAGAUAACCCUCAUAUGUUACUAGACAUCUUCAUUUUACUUUUGUUGUAUUGUUUUAAUCUCUCAAUCAAGUAUAUAUGUUUUCAUGUUAAGUUCAUUAUGUUUAUUAACAAUAUAGACACAUAAAUGCUUGAAUUAUUUAGAGGGAGGAAAUGAAAGGGAGAGGGAGAGACGCAAGCUGAUGCUCUGCCACCUGAUAUUAUAACAAUAUGAUAUUCUUAUAGUAUAUGGCUGACCACAGAAGAUACAAGGAGGUCCUUGAUUAUUUCCUUACUCACAGAAUAGAGCUACUUCGUUAACUAUCUGACACACAUCUAAGUACAGCAGCCCAAUGGAACAUAUAAUGACGUACAGGGCAUUUCAAAAUGAAAUCUGCUUUAUACAGAAAGAGGGAGGGACAGAGACAGAGAUGCAGGCAGAUGGUCUGCCCUGAUAUUAUAACUCUAUGAUACUCUUACAGUAUAUAGCUGACCAUAGAGGAUAUAAGAAGGUCCUUGUACAUUGCAUUUCUUACAGAACACAACUAAUCAGUUAACUAAUAGACACACACCUCAGUACAGCAGCCCAGUGGAGUGCAUUAUGACUCAAACAAGGCAUUUUAAAAUGAAUUUGGUUGAUGUUAUUACCUGACAUCGUGACAUGUAACAACAGAGUGAUACUAUUACAGUGUAUAUGGCUGACCACAGAAGAUACAAGGAGGUCCUUGAUUAUUUCCUUACUCACAGAACAUAGCUACUAUCUGACACACAUCUAAGUACAGCAGCCCAAUGGAACAUAUAAUGACGUACAGGGCAUUUCAAAAUAAAAUCUACUUUGUAUAGAAGGGAAAAGAGACAGAAACAGACACAGGUAGAUGUUCUUCCCUGAUAUUAUAACACUAUGAUACUCUUGCGGUAUAUGGCUGACCAUAGAGGAUACAAGGAGGACUUUGUUCAUUGCAUUUCUUACAAAACACAACUAAUCAGUUAACUAAAAGACACACAUCUCAAGUACAGCAGCCCAAUAAAACACAUUACGACACACACAAGGCAUUUUAAAAUGAAUUUGGUUGAUGUUAUUACCUGAAAUCGUGACAUGUAACAACAGAGUGAUACUAUUACAGUGUAUACGUUCAAUAAAACAGCUGAACACAAAGGUUGCAAGGAGGUCCUUGUUCGUUGCAUUUUUUACAGAACGCAACUAAUCAGUUAACUAAAAGACGCACAUCUAAGUACAGCAGCCCAAUGGAACAUAUAAUGACGAACAGGGCAUUUCAAAAAGAAAUCUACUUUGUAUAGAAGGGAAGAGAGAUGUUCUGCCCUGAUAUUAUAACUCUAUGAUACUCUUACAGUAUAUGGCUGACCAUAGAGGAUAGAAGGAGGUCCUUAUGUAUUGCAUUUCUUACAGAACACAACUAAACAGUUAACUACAGACCCACAUCUGAGUACAGCAGCCCAAUGGAGGACAUUAUGACUCACACAAAGGCCAUUUCAAAAUGACAUCUGCUUUACACAGACAGGGUGGAGAGGGCCAGAGACAUAGAUGAAGGUCAAUGUUAUGCCCUGAAAUCAUAACAUGUAACAGCAGUGUGAUAACAUUACAGUGUAUACGUUCAAUAACGCAGCUGAACACAAAGGUUGCAAGGAGGACCUCUUGUCUUGCAUUUCUCACAGAACACAACUUACUACUCUGUUAACUAACACACACACACAUCUAAGUACAGCAACCCAAUGUAAUACGUCAUGACUCAUACACAGGCCAUUUUAAAAUUAAAUCUACUUUAUAUAGAAGGGAAGAGAGACAGAAAGAGACACAGGUAGAUGUUCUGCCUUGAUAUUAUAACACUAUGAUACUCUUACAGUAUAUGGCUGACCACAGAGGAUACAAGGAGGUCCUUGUUUAUUACAUUACUCACAGAACAAAGCUACUCCGUUAACUUACAGACACACAUCAAACUACAGCUGCCCAAAGGAACACAUUAUAACUCUGAAAUUAAAUCUGUCUUAUGUCGUAUAAUACACAAAUAUUCCUGUUUAGUGCCUCCUGGUGCUCUACCUGCUUUGCUCUUGCUAUGCAUAUUUUCAUCGACACAAGUCCAUCUAAGAGAUGUUGAGGCACCAACCGGUUCAUUCCUUUUAAUAACUACUAAGUCUAAAAAUAAUAAAUAGGCUCUUGAUGAUACAAAUAAUAGAAAAGCAAGGUAAUUUCACCUGGAAAGCUCUGGUUUUGAGAUCAAGGCUUAGGUCACACACAUCGAGGUGGAGAUCCAUCCUCCAGUCUACUUGUCCUGGAAUGAGAUGACCCCAGACCGGAGUGUCUCCGUUUUAUAGUCACUGGGACAAAAUGUUGUAGUCAGUUGUCAUCACUGGGUGGUUUCUUUACACUGUGAGUACAAAAAGAGACAACACUGGCAGCGACAGCGCUCCUUGUGUCCCGGAGUGGUAAUGCUUACCUCUGAUGAGUCCAGCAGUUGACCCUCUAACACUCAUGUGACAAUAUAUACAUAUAUAAGUAUAUAUGUUUGUAUGGAAGCAUAUGGCCAUCUAUAUUCUGACCACACAAGUAAACUUUUAUUCAAUCUUUACCAACAUGACAACCUUCAGGUUUCCUUCAGUCCAUCCAUCUAUCUGACUGUUUUCAAUAUCACAGAAUCGUAAAGAAUUCAAGCAAACGAUUUCCAUCCAUCCACCCAUCCAUUACUGAAUCAGAUUAACCUAGCCCAGGAUUGCAGAGGCCAGAGCCCACCCUCGUAGCAUCAUGUCAACCCUAAAGAUAGCGCACGUUUGAAGAAAUACUACAUAUAGUAAUGAGAUCAUUUCACUGACGCAAAUACACAUGCAACACAAUGCAAGUGCGUGUUUACCGGCAAUUUCCACUGCCUCCUCCCAAAGUGCUUGCACCACAAUUAACCAAAACUCUUGCCAUCCCUAUAUGGUCCUUGAAACACAUAAAAGGUAUAGCCAUGGUCUCAGGCCAAACACAAAAGUCUUGUAACAUAUUGCAUACUAACAAUGUCUUCUUGUCGUCAUGUGUAACAUGAUCUAAAUUUAUUGUUUUUUUCUAAAUGUUGCCUUGUGUUGUUAGUGCCUCUUUCCCAUAAUACCCACCACCAGUCAGACAUGUCUACCAGCAUCCAAAGAGCACAGAUACGGUUUGUACAGCAUGGAGAUUUCGGUGGUUUUUGAUUGCACCUUAACUACAUUGGGAAAGUUCACAGCGCACACAGUUAUAUUUAUAUAUGCCGAAUGUAUAAUUACAUUUAAUUAAAUUAAUUAAACAUUUAUUUACCUAAUAGUUUCUUUUCUCCAAAGUGACUUGCAAAAGAGUUCAGCAUAAUCUAGUGAACAUCAGUCGUGCUACAGGACAAGGUUACAAAAUUGAUCACUGCGAGUGAAACAGAACAAUGCAAGACUAGUUAAUCCCUCCUUAGUUACAAGAAUCAAUCAAAGCCGUUUAUCAAUUAGAUAGAAAUUCACAGAACAAGAGGGUCUUCAAACGUUUCUGAGGGGCAUUCUCACUAACAAUUUGUUCCAUGCCCAUGCAUGUUUGUUCUGCAUGUAAACCUCCCCAGAAUCUUGUUCAUUUGACUAGUGUGGUCACUCUGUGCCACGUCAACCAUACUGUGCUGUGGCCCACUUGGAAAAGAGUUGUGCUCAGGCAUGGUUCAGCAGGAUUCGGGAAUAGUGUGAUUUCUAAACAAGCCGUCAAUAUUGCAUGGAACUCAGACAUGACGUCAAUGAUGCAACGUCAUUUUAUUUGAGUUAAAAACAGGUUUUUAUUCUCACCUUACACAUGAACGUGAAAUGUAGUUGGCAAGAAAAGCUGCAAAUUCCUCCUUAAAAUUUCAUUUGUCUCCGUAAAAAUCGCGCAGCACAAGUAACAGCAAAACACUGCACACUCAAUAAAUCUGUAAGAGGGUAGAGCGUUAUCCUGCCCUAUGCGACUCCAGAAAAAAACACAAAAUAAGGAAAAUCAUUUUGACAUGCAUGCUAUCUUGUUUUGGCUUCACACGAAGUUGCAUGGUGCUAACGAAUGCGCACCCAGGCCCAGAACAUUAAAACACAGUGUGAGUGCAGGCCAGCUGGGGAGUAAGGAGGAGGAGUAAUCAUACUCAGGCACGGUACGGAACAAAUGGCCUAGUAUGAGUACCCCCUUAAACGAGUUAGCAGUUUCGAUUUAGGUGGACAGUUUGUUCCACCACCUGAUCGAUUGGACUGAGAUUUGAUGACAUCAUCAGCAGACCCGAGUAAGCGAGAAGGAGCUUGGGGCCUCAUGAGUGUCUCCAUAUACAUGGGCGCUGUCAAUGUUACAAAAUCCAAAAGUGGCAAAUGCUUUACUGUUUCAGAAAACUUGUUGUAAUUCCCUGCAUUUUUUUAUUACAUUAUAAUAUUCCACAUUCAACUUUAUUAGUAAAUUUAAUUAAAUAAAGGCAAAAAUCCCAUUCAGAUAUAUGCAUUUUUUAUUACAUUAUAAUAUUCCACAUUCAAGUUAAUUAGUAAAUUUAGUUAAAAUAAUUAUAAAUCCCAUUCAUAUAUUUUCAUAUAUUACUAACAAAAACAUUUAUUUCUGUAGCACACUUUCGUACAAAGAAUGUAGCUCAAAGUGCUUUAUGCAAUGUCAAAGAGAAAAUUACAGGAAAGGGAAAAAAUAAGAUUAGGUAAGAAUAUUAAUAUAAGAACAAAGUGUGAUUAUAAAUAUGUAUGCUCACGUCGUAGCUGCUUUGUAUGCCAUUAUAUAAAUAUUUAUGGGUGCUUUUUCUUUGCAACCUGAAUGUUUGUUUUAAAGAUAAUUUAAUUUCAAACAUAGCAGCCAAACUCCUAAUUCUUGACAGUUUAGGACAUCACUAAAUAUAUGUUGGGUAUAAACAAAGCCUGGGAAAGCUGCGGACCUUUAUAAAGGAUACGUGAGGCGGUUUCCAUGUUUACCGCUAUGUGGUUAUGUUGGCCAAGUGGGAUGUUUGGGGAAGAGUGGCACUAGGGAAAUCACGGUCAAGUCAGUGGGAUAUGGUGCCCUCUCUUCAUGAAUCGCAUGGGGGGACAUCCAGGCCAUUUAGUUAUAAAAUUUGACCUUUAAGAUCUGUCAUUUGUGGAGGCUGGCAGAAGCAUUUGAGAUCACUCAAGCUACUUUACCGUGUGGGGCAAUCCGUCUCCUGAAGAAAAUGCAAAUAAGUUUCUCUAUUGCAUGAGAAUCAAAACGAAUAUUUCUGUUUGCCCUGAUGGUUAUUCAUUUUACUAAAACAAAUGCAACAUGCACCUUGAAUUAAGGCGAUAAAUACUCCAUAAUGCAUAGAAUUAAACAAACAGUAAGGUUUUAUUUCACACUACGUUAACCGCAGACUCAGUACAGACACAUUGUAAUAGCCAAAAAUAUCUCCCAGAUGCCUUUGGUUCUUUGCCUUUCUAUCCAAUUUGUUACAUAAUUGCAUUGUACGCUCGGUUUUAAAGUCCAUGCAUGAUAAAUUGAUUACUUUUUUUUCAUAUUAUACUACAUAUUAUUUCUCAUCUAUGUUUGUAUCCAUGACUUGUUUUAGUAUUGACUUCAUCAUAGUCCUUAUAAUGCAAAACCAACUUCAAAGAUGACUGUCAUGACAAGAGUCCCCAAACAUUCCAAAAUCUUUAGAGCUGUGAGGACCGAGGAUCAGCCAGUUCUUGUAAUCCUCCUCUGGAGACGUCACAUAACGGGGACUCUGGCCCCCAUAUUACAGAGACGCCAGAGACGACUUUUUGAAAAUAUUUACAGUACAUUUGUAAAAUAUCUAAUAAUACCCGACUUCACAGUAGAGACCUUACAUGUGGAAAUGAGAACAGUGGCCUCCAUAAGGACUGAUGGAGUCAAUGCUAAAAUAAACCAAACUCACAUUGUGCAUGUAAGCUUUAUGUAGAAUCUAAAUAUAUAAACUGCAUAUGACACCAA